AGAAAGUUGAAGGACAUUUCAGUAAUUCAAAAAACUACCACUCCCUCCUGUGAAGUCCACUAAAGUCUAAAAUCCUUGCUUGUUUGGGCAUGGUGUGCACACUACAACACACACCACAUCAAGUAUUCAAGUCAUCAACAACACAACAAAACAAAACUCUGCAAAUUUUGCAGAGGAGAAGAAAGAAAGUAAAAGGAAAAAAAAAAAAGCAAAUGUGAAUUUCAUACCACUGUUACAGACUUUAGACAUAACAGAUUUGAGUCACGACAAUCACGGUGCAGAACCAUACUCGUAAUUAUUUUGCUGCUGAAGUGAGGGCAAGCGACGAGUGGGAAUUUGAAGCUAAAGAUCUAUUCUGUUUGUUAAAUAAAAUGCAUGUUCAAUCUUAGCAUAAAUUUGGAAAAAUCCAUUUGUUUUUUUUCCCUCAAUCUGAAGCCAUAAUUUAGUUAGUUUGUUUAUGUGUGUGUGCGUGUGAAGAUUUGAGAAUGUUCCAGAAAUGGGGUUGUUUUGGAAUUGUUGAUUUUGAUUGAGAAUUUGAGAUUAAUACUUAAAGAGUUUAGUUUUAGUGGGUCUGUGUUUGUCUUACUUGAAGAAAGAGGAGGAAGUAGUAUUGUGUAUUGAAGUUGAGUUUGAAGAUGGAUCACAUGGAGGAUGUAGCAACAAUAGCUCAGCUAACUGGGCUUGAUGCAGUGAAGUUAAUCGGAUUGAUAGUGAAGGCGGCGAACACUGCCCGAAUGCACCGGAAGAACUGCCGACAAUUUGCUAAUCACUUGAAGUUGAUUGGCAACUUGCUGGAGCAGCUCAAGAUCUCGGAGCUCAAGAGGUACCCAGAAACCAGGGAGCCUCUUGAGCAACUUGAAGAUGCACUUAGGAGGUCAUAUAUUUUGGUCCAUAGUUGCCAGGAUAGAAGUUAUCUUUACUUGCUUGCAAUGGGGUGGAAUAUUGUCUAUCAGUUUAGGAAGGCCCAGAAUGAGAUUGAUCGUUACUUGAAGCUCGUUCCCCUCAUCACUCUCGUCGAUAAUGCCAGAGUCAGGGAAAAAUUGGAAUACAUUGAAAUGGAUCAGCGUGAGUAUACUUUAGAUGAAGAGGAUCAAAAGGUGCAGCAAGUGAUUCUUAAACCAGAUCCCUGUGAAACCGAUACUGUGGUGCUGAAGAAGACUCUUUCUUGUUCAUACCCAAAGGUUUCCUUUGAUGAAGCACUUAGAAAAGAGAAUGAAAAGCUCCGGUUGGAACUCCAACGCUCACAAACUAAUUUGGACAUGACUCAAUGUGAAGUCAUCCAGCGCCUUCUUGAUGUUACUCAAACUGCAGCCGUGGUCUGUGAAACAGAAAAGAGUGAAUCAGUGAAAGGUAACAAGAGAGCCCAGCCUCCUUAUGCCAAUGAAAAAUACUCAUUUGACGGAACCUCCCCCAAGAAAAAUGAAAUUUCCAGGACUGCCUCUACAGUUUCUUCAAGGCGCGAUCUUCUGUCAAACCGAAGUUCACAUCACCAUGGAGAGUGGCAUACUGAUUUGCUGGACUGUUGUGCAGAACCUUGUCUAUGUCUAAAGACUAUCUUUUAUCCCUGUGGAACAUUUGCAAAAAUCUCCACUGUGGCAAAUAAUAAAUACAUGUCUUCUGCUGAAGCCUGUAAUGACUUGGUGGCCUAUUCACUGAUACUCUCUUGCUGCUGCUACACUUGUUGCGUCAGGGGAAAGCUGCGCAAGAUUCUGAACAUUAAUGGAGGCGUCUUUGACGAUUUCCUCUCACAUUUCAUGUGUUGCUGCUGUGCCCUUGUUCAAGAAUAUCGUGAAGUUGAGAUUCGUGGAGUUUGUGGUCAUGAAAAGACGAAAACAAUGCCGCCAAUCUCCCAAUUCAUGGAAUCGUGAGACGCCGAUGAUAUAAAUAAUGGUACCUGGAAGUACAUGCAUAUUUAGUCUGAUACAAGAGGUAAUAUGGCUGUUACCUCUGCUAUAUACAUAUAUGUACUUAAAAUCAUUAUAUGACCCUGACUGACUUGAUGUAAAGUUUCAUUUCCUUGAUGAUGCUCAUGAUGUAAACAUAGAGAGGUUUUUCAAUUGUUAGAGUGUGAAAAUAGAGUUAGUAAGAGUCAAUUCUUUAGUUGCUUUCCUUAAUGUUGUUUGGAUUUGUGCCUUGUAGAUUGAAUAGGCCUGUUGGUAAAGUUUAUCCAUCUUUAUAGAUUGAAUUUUUAUGUUUGUGACUAA